GGACAACUGGUGAGCUGGGCGUCGGCGAGGCGAUUGCUGGCGCAUGUGAAGUUGUACAGCUGCUCCAACGCCCUCACAUGAUAGCACAAUCGUGGGCCGAGCCUGGAUUCACCGCGCCUGCUGCAUUAUUGUCCAACGGCGGCUCGCUGCUUCAGCAAUGUGCAUCGGCAGCCUCGCAGCUUCUUCUUUUCUCUUAGGCCUGUGAUCGUUGCCUGCCUCGCCACUGACAACAAUUCCCUCAAGAGUCCGCGAUCUCAAGCUCCGAGGCCUUCAUCACAUUUCGCACGCCGCGAGACGGCCGGCAUUUUCACGACUCGACACCGUUCAACCUACAAAGCGAGGGCGCGCACUUCCUGCCGGAUUCGAGUCCGGUGCGGUGACGGCAACGACGAUAGAGACAGUGAGGGGAAAUGGCAGCUUCUGGAGGUCAUGUGCUUCACCAGCAGAAGAGUUCGGUCGAAACACGCAUCAAGACUCUGGUGAACAACGAUCUGAAGGAGAUAUGUCGAGCAUACAACUAUCAAGUGUCGGGACAGAAAUCAGCCUUACAAAAGCGCUGCACGGAAAUUCUUGAUACGAUAGUGAGGGAUGGUGAUGUAGCUGCCUUCAGAGAUCUGAACUACCGGGUCAACAACCACGGAAAGGCUCCGCCACCUCAACUUCAACAACACUACACGCAAAACAGCACAACCACCAACGGGUACGGAUCCUUCCAGAGCGCGUCAUCCACGAUGGCGCGAAAUCCACCGGUGCCGCCGCUCAAUGGCACACACCGAGCGAGCGCGACGCGCAUGUGGUUCAAAACAAGUCCUUUCUAUGAGGACCACGAAAAUGUGUAUCCUCUGCAGGACUUGCCAGAAAUGCCACAGAAUCGACACACUGUUCGAGGCACAAUAUCCCUGUCAGCCGAUCAAUCAGCUCGUAUGAAGAGCGAUCCGAGCUUGAAGCUCCUUCUUUACUGUGGCAAAGGAGCGAACCUUUACUCCGAGGUGCACGUUGAGUUCCCACGGGAGCUGGAAGUCAAGAUCAACAGCGACGAUGUCAAGGCGAACUUCAAAGGCUUGAAGAACAAGCCAGGCACAACGAAACCGGCAGACAUCACUGAUAAGAUCCGAAAGAACCCGGGAUACCAAAAUCAGCUGUCGAUCACCUAUGCAUUAACCAAGGAGCGCUUUCACAUCGGCGUCUACCUGGUGAGGUAUGUGUCCUCAGCGACGCUGACACAGCGGAUCAAGGAAGGUCGACAUGGCGGCGGCAUCAUCUCGAAAGAGCAGGCAAUCCGAGAAAUCACGAAAGCGAACGACGAUGAAGAUAUCGUGCUAUCCUCAGAAGUGAUGUCCCUCAAGGAUCCAGUGUCAACGAUGCGGAUUUCAAUGCCGGUCCGAUCUACUGUCUGCAGCCAUCGGCAGUGCUUCGACGGCAGCAUGUUCCUACAGAUGCAGGAGCAAGCUCCCCAAUGGCUCUGCCCGACUUGCAACAAGAGCAUUUCAUACAUGUCCUUGUGUAUCGACAAGUACUUCGAGGAAAUUCUGCAGAAGACACCUUCAAGUAUUGAAAAAGUCACCGUGGAGCCAGACGGGCAGUGGCAUAUCAUCAAGGAAGAGGAGGCACAACCCGCUGGCCACUCGAGUCGAGGCAAUCGUGCAACAUACGACGACGACUUUGACGAUGACGAAGAUUUUCAGAUCGUGGAAAAUCCCGCUUCAAGGACGACGAGGCCUACGAAUGGCGUCCCUCUUGGAAACUCAAGUACCACCUCACUUCUGUCACCAGCGGCUGGCGCAGGUUACGCCAUGACGCCGCCUCUCUCAUCACGUGGACCCUCGGUUGCACCAUCAACCUCAUCAACGCAGAUCGGCUCCAAACGCGCGGCCAGCUCUGUGAUCGAUUUGACCUUGUCCGACGACGACGAACCUCCACGACCCGCGAAGCGGCAGUCCACGAACACGAGUACGCAACCAGGCCUUACCUCCCUCACCUCCCAGCCCUAUCCCACUCCGACGUCCCUUCCCGAUCCCCGUUACACCUCGUACGCCUCUGGCCAAAGCAAUUCCACUGACGCGUUUAGGGCGUCAGUCAAUGCGACAAGACCAGGCAGCAGCCACGGCUGGAGCGGUGCGUCCUCGGAACAGUUCGGCAGCACUCAAUACAUGAGUCGCGAUCAUACUAGCCGAUCAGGCUCUCCUUUCCGCGCGGGCAGCAGUCAGAGCCCUUCAUUCCCGACCAACAACUGGGGAAACUAUUCCAGACCAGCAUCUACUACCAUGGGCUCGAGCAGUGGGCAAGGAUUUGCCUCGUUUGCGAUACGACCGCCCUCUGGACUGAUGAAUGGCUCUGGGAGUACAGGAAACAGCCCCAACGCAUCAACGACACAGCAGAACAACCCCAUCCGUUUACCAUCGAUGAACCCCAACCCUCCCAAUGGGUACAGCAACACAUCUUGGCGAAGUGGAUCGCAUAGCAGUUAUUCGCAAAGUCCCAAUGGGUAGUAUACAGGGCUGGACGGAUUGCCGCAUCACAGCGGCAACUGUAAGACUGGGAGUUGUAGAUGCUGGUGCAAUCUUGGUGCUAAGCAGGUUAGCCGACCUGAUGAAGGAGCGCUGUGAAACCAGUUAGAGGACGAAAAGCCUCCUUUUUGGCAGUACAGCACGUCUGCGAUAUGAUGCUGACGGAUGAUGAGAUUUCGUGAGGAAGCUCUGAUGAUACUUUGUGCCUCACGCUUAGUAGGUAAUGGUAUCACAAUUUGGGCCGCGCUUUUUCAAGUCCUCUUCCCUCAUCGUAACGAUUUUGACGAGACGAUGUUCGGCUGAUACAUUGAUAACAUGCAUCUGAUACAGCUGAGAAAUGAGAUCGGAGAUCAGUAUACUACCAUCGCUUAUCACAGCGCGCGCCCUCGACAGAGCACGGUUCUUUCCCCAU